AGGGUAUCCAUACUGGAUAUCUCCUUUAUUUUUCAUUACCGGUUAUGUACCCCAUACAGUACAAUAUCGAAUAUACAAGAUGUAGCUCAACCCCCGGUCCGUCCAUCUUGGAGCUCUUCCAGAUCUUCCUUUUCUCUCAACAUUCCUGUCGUUUCCCCUUCGUAUCCUAGUGACCGUUUUCUCUCGUUUUAAAACUCGGUCGGCCGGUGAAUUCUUCACUUCUAAUAUUUAUAUCUGAACCUAAUUCUUUCUAUUGUAUAUCAUCUUUAAUACUACACGGUCGUUCUAAUAGCACGAGGGGUGUGAGCAACUGUAGCAAACGAUUCCGUUUUAACCAUACUUAACGACACCUAAUUCCAACAUCACAAUGCCUUCGAUAAGGAGUAUCUUGGCCGCGGCCGUCGUCUUCGUCUCGUCCGUCCGGGCUGACUAUGUCAUUGACCCCAACAGUGUGUCUUUGACUGACAGAAACAAUUGGUGUGCAUCCGAGAAGAGCACGUGCCCUUUGAUCUGCCAGCAGACUUCUCCCGGAACUACUCUGGUCAACGACUGCGACCCGAAAACCCUGACCUACGGCUGCAUCUGCGGAGACCAGAAACAACCUAACAUAUCGGAAUACUCGCUCACUCUUCCCUAUUUCGUCUGCCAAGAAUGGGGAAACCAAUGCGUGAAGAACUGUGGACAGGACAACUCAUGUUCCAGCGCCUGCCGGGAGGACCACCCUUGCGGUGCCUUGAACCCGGUUAGAGCUAACAUAACGUCGAGCGCGAGCUCUUCGGCGACGGCGACCGGUGCGACAGCCACAGACUCCAAUGCCGUCUACACCGGCUUGGCUGGUAGCAGUGACUCUAACAACGACAACGCCGCAUUCCGUCUUGGCGCGAACGAUGGCUUGUUUGGUUUUGUUAUACUCGCAGCUAGUGUUAGCUUGGGAGUCUUCCUGCUGUAAUGUAGAAAGGAUGGAACAAUUCCUUUAGCCUUUCAGUGAUGCCACUUCGAGGGUUGGCCAUGAGGACGAUGCUAGACGAUUCUCGAUGAAGAUGGAAGCUGUGGUCGGGGCAGCGGACAUAUUCACCACGCUGUCCUUGCAGCACAUAACGAGCUUCAUCAAACGUGGAGGGGACGACGACUCAUCAUUAACACAUCAGCAAGGUUGCAUAGAUGCACACCAUACGCUGAUAUAAUAUCAUUUGGAGCAUAGGAGCUUGGUAUUUGAAUUUGGGAAAGCCACAGAAUUUGAGGAUUCGGGUACAUAUUGUCUUGCUGUACAGCAAACUUACAAAACGGAGUCCAAACGAGGGACGCUUGAGCACAAGGCUCACCACUAAUAAUUGAAUCGAAUGAAGACCUGGUCUCUUACGAAGACCCAACUCAUACCUCUUUGUCUUCUCGCAUAUGAAAAGAAAGUGGAAGAAACUAAUCUAUGAUCCCUUACGUGUAUUAAUCAUAGAUUCGCUUGUGGUGAGUACAUAGUAGGAACAAUAAAGUUCUAAG